AUGCCAUGUAAUGACUUGCUCAACGUUGUUUGUUGGGGAUCAUGCAAGGUUGAAAAUUUUCACAUUCUAGAAGAGGCAGUUCCAUACUAUGCCUAUUAUGGCUUUACUGACUUCUCAAAAGAUUUCACAACUUGA